UGGUGCGCUAGUUGCUUCUGGGUAAACACAACACCGGAGCGGGUCGCUGAGCCGCAGAUGAAGGCUAAUCAAAUGCACGUCUGGGGAAGCGGAGGGGAAACCCUGCUUUGCUCGCUUGCUACGUGCUGCAGGGCGAGCGGCGGCCGCUGCAAAUGCAAUGCGUGCGACUGCGACUCCGACUGCGACUCCUCGCUCUUUCAUGCACAUUCAUUGGCGGCGGCGGCGGCGGCAGCUCUCGGGGCUUUCCUAAUAAGACUGUUGGGCCCGGCUUUUCGCAAAGGAAGGCAGAGUGGCUCAAGAUACUUCAUUCCCCCGAGACGUUUAAGCAGGCUGGGGGCUCAUGCCGCAGGGCUGACAGACAACGUGCCGGGAGAAGUUGGCUUUCCCUUUGUGAGGAGGAAAAGCGGCUGGGGCACGGGGAACCCAAACCACCUGCGGCGGGUGAGUCGGCGUCUCCUGACCACCAGAAGGCUUCAUCCUUGGAGCAGAUGGAUGAGGAGGAAGACGAUGAUGACUUGGAUCUCUUUGGGGGUUAUGAUAGCUGCCGACAUUACAGCAGCAGUGUGGACAGUGGCAGCAGCUCCUGCCUGGAAGACUCUAGUGAGAAUGAAGAGCGAGCGGAUCAAGAAGCCAGGGGGCGGCCAGCCUCUCCCUCCCAGAUCCAAACACCUACCAGCCGAUUGCCAGAUGAUAAUGGAUCUGAGCCAGCUAUCUGUGAGAUGUGUGGGAUUGUGGGCACAAAAGAUGGCUUCUUCUCCAAGACCAAACGUUUCUGCAGCGUCUCCUGCUCUAGAAGCUACUCUUCAAAUUCCAAGAAGGCCAGCAUCCUGGCAAGGUUGAAGGGCAAACCACCUACAAAGAAAGCCAAAGUUUUGCACAAGGCAGCCUGGUCUGCUAAAAUCGGAGCAUUCCUCCAUACGCAGGGGACCGGGCAGCUGGCUGAUGGAACGCCAACCGGCCAGGAUGCUUUAGUUGUAGGCUUUGAUUGGGGAACAUACCUGCAGGACCAUGGAUGCAAGGCUGCACCUGUCAGCAGUUUCAAACAUGUGCCCCUUUAUGAACAAUGGGAUGAUGUGAUGAAAGGAAUGAAGGUAGAAGUGUUGAACAGUGAUGCUGUGCUUCCCAGUCGUGUAUAUUGGAUUGCCUCUGUUGUUAAAAUAGCAGGAUAUAAAGCGCUACUACGUUACGAAGGCUUUGAGAAUGACUCCAGCCAUGACUUCUGGGUCAAUUUGGGCACAAUGGAUGUCCACCCUAUUGGCUGGUGUGCCAUUAACAGCAAACUCCUGGUGCCACCCCGAACCAUCUACUCCGAAUAUGCAAACUGGAAAGGGUACCUCAUGAAAAAGCUUGUGGGAGCCAGGACCAUCCCAGUGGAUUUCCAUAUAAAGAUGACGGAGAACAUGAAGUACCCCUUCCGCCAGGGUAUGAGAGUGGAAGUGGUGGACAAGACCCGCGUCUCCCAGACACGCAUGGCUGUGGUCGACACAGUGAUCGGUGGCCGGCUGAGGCUUCUUUAUGAAGAUGGGGACAGCGACGAUGACUUCUGGUGUCACAUGUGGAGUCCUCUCAUCCACCCUGUGGGCUGGUCUCGAAGGGUUGGCCACAACAUAAAGAAAACUGAAAAGUGUCACAACAUGUCAAACCACCCUACUUUCCGCAAGAUCUACUGUGAUGCUGUUCCGUAUCUUUUUAAGAAGGUGCGUGCUGUCUACCCAGAGGGUGGCUGGUUUGAAGAAGGCAUGAAACUGGAAGCCAUUGACCCUUUGAAUCUGGGCAACAUUUGCGUGGCUACCAUCCGCAAGGUCCUCCUGGAUGGCUACCUUUUGCUCGGCAUUGAUGGCACAGCUUCGGAGGAUGGUUCUGAUUGGUUCUGCUACCAUGCUUCCUUGCAUUCCAUUUUCCCUGCCUGUUUUUGCAAGAAGAACAAUGUUGAGCUGACCCCUCCAAAAGGGUAUGAUGCCAAGACUUUCAACUGGGCAAGUUACCUAGAAAAGACCAAGUCCAAAGCCGCACCAGCACAUCUGUUCAACAUGGAUUGCCCAAACCAUGGCUUCAAGGUGGGUGCCAAAUUCGAAGCCGUAGACUUGAUGGAGCCCAGACUUAUCUGUGUAGCCACAGUGAAGCGGGUGGUGCAUCGACUCCUCCGAAUCCACUUUGAUGGCUGGGACAGUGAAUAUGACCAGUGGGUGGACUGCGAGUCCCCAGAUAUUUAUCCCGUUGGUUGGUGUGAACUGAUAGGCUACCAGCUGCAGCCACCGGUGAUACCAGAGCCCACGUUGGCAUUAGCCAAGGAGGUGCCAAAGAAGAGGCGGCAGCCAUAUGGAAAGAAAAGGAAAAAGCUGUCUGCUAAAGCCCGUUCCCUUAAGCAAGCAGCCAAGAAAGUGACUGCUCCUAAAGCAAAACGACAAAUGAGCACAACCAAUGAAGCCUCGUUGAAAUCAGUUCCUGACGAAGGGAUGUUGGAGGCGUCCAGUUGUGUGGACCAGAGUACACUGCCAGAAACGGAAAUCCUAGAUCCUGCACCACAAAUCCCCGAUCCUGUAAUGGGUACUAAUUAUGUAAAUGAAGCAUCCUUCCCCCAUCAAGAAACAACUCAUGAUUCAGUUGUGCCUGUGCAAGUGAAAGAAGAAAUUCUUGAUGACUUUGCAAUGGAACUGGAAAUGCCACAACUUCCAGUACCAAUCAGCUGUUUAAAGGAUGAGGAUGAAAACCCAGAGAGUCCUGAACCAAUUAGCUGCUUCAAGGAUGAAAGCAUGGAAUUGGGGGCUCCAGCCAGCUCUAUGCUGCUCAGCUGCUUAAAAGAUGAGGAUGUGGACUAAAUCCUAAGGUUGCAAAGGAACUUCAGUAGACUUGCACAGCAACCCUUGAGAAUUUUCUGUUGCCUCAUUUGGGAUCUGAAUCGUACAUUACAAAGCUGUUGUUUUUCAUUCCCCAAAAUUGCUUGGAAAACCAAAUCAUAUUGAAAGAUAAACCUACAACAUCGGCACUGUAAGAACUGAGAAUAAACUUUGCUCUCUGCCACUCUGUGGGGAGAGGUGCCUCUAGGCAUUUUAGUCUUGUGUUUGUUGAAUUUGUGUUUGGAUAAGCACCAAGCUGCAGAACCACAGACACCAUGUGCUGCAGUGGGGAGCAGGCAAGGUGUUGCAAGGGGCGCCACACCUACACUCUCCCCCAUCAUCUUUGUCUUUCUCUUUGCUGUCUUGUUGCCUGUUCCUGUAUCUUGCCAUUUUGACCAUAAAGUCCUAGAGGGCAUUGUAUGCAGGGAAUCUUCUGCAAGAGAAAAAGCCUUGGCAUGUGCAGAAAAUGCCCAUGUACCUAUUGGAGAUACUUGCUGGGUGGCUCUGGGCCAGUCCCUUCUCUCUCAGCCCAACCUACUUCACAGGGUUGUUGUGAAGAGAAACCCAAGUAUGUAGUACACCACUCCGGGCUCCUUGGAGGAAGAGUGGGAUAUAAUUUUAUUUUUUUUAAUUGCCUACCGUAGAAGAGAGUAGGGAGCUCCUACACGUCUAAUGCUCUGGAUUAUGACCCACCUCUAGAAAGAGACAGUGAAGAGAAAACCAACUGCUGGAAUAGAGAUUAAUAACAGAUACUGUUUUCCUCUCUCCUUACUGUGAACUGAGUCCAACAAAUUUUGGCCUGGAGAGAACAUUUGUGUUGUAGAAUUGUUCUAAAUACACAAUGCAAUUGUGUGUGUUUUUAUUCUGUGUUUGUGUGUUGGGGUUUGUUUGUACAAGCAAAUUUUACUGAUGGAAUCUGUAAAUAAAAUUGAAAGAUCAUGUAUUCAGAACAAAUUAAGAUCUUUUCAUAUCAUAUACACCUUAAAAACAAAUGUUUUUAGAGUAUUGAUAUCAUGUUUUUAAUAUUAACACAUGCUAAAAACUUACAGAAUUGCAUACCUCUUAGUUUUCUUUUUCAAGGAAGCCCUCUUGUAUUUUGAGAUACACAAGUGGACAAAUUUGUUGGUACCCUUAUAGCUCAUUGAAAAAGUGUUUUAUGCCUCCUGAAAAGCAAUUAAAUGAAAAGCAAUUGUCCCAUGUAUACCUGCAUGCCUUUGAGAUGUCAUCGAGUAAAGCAAAGCAAGUGUGAAAAGAGAUAAAGUAUUGCUUAUUAGACAAAGAUAUUCUAAAGUGGCCUGGACACAUUUGUUGGUACCGCUAGAAAAGAUCAUAAAUAAUUGGGUUAGAGUGAUUUUUCAAAUUAGUUGUUUUCUUUAAUUAGUAUCACACAUGUCUCCAAUUGUGCAAUCAGUCAUUCAGCCUAUUUAAAUGGAGAAAAGUAGUCACUCUGCUGUUUGGUAUCAUCGUGUGUCCCACAAUGAACAUGGACCAGAGAGUUGUCUGAGGAGAUCAGAAAGAAAAUUAUAGACAAGCAUGUUAAAGGCAAAGGUUAUAAGACCAUCUCCAAGCAGUUUGAUGUUCCUGUGACAACAGUUGCAAAUAUGAUUAAGAAGUUCAAGGUCCAUGGGACUGUAGCCAACCUCCCUGGACGUGGCCGCAAGAGGAAAAUCAACCCCAGAAUGGGCAGAAGGAUAGUGAGAAGGGUAGACAAAAAGGCAAGGACAGCUUACAAAGAAAUACAAGCUGAACUUCAAGGUCAAGGUCCAUCAGUGUCUGAUUGCACCAUCCGUCGGUUUUUGAGUGACAGUGGGCUCAAUGGAAGAAGGCCCAGGAGGACUCCACUGUUGAAAGAAAAACAUUAAAAUGCCAGACUGGAAUUUGCUAAAAUGCAUAUUGACAAGCCACAAUGCUUCUGGGAGAAUGUCCUUUGGGCAGAUGAGACAAAACUGGAACUUUUUGGCAAGUCACAUCAGCUCUAUGUCCACAGACGAAAAAAUGAAGCUUUCAAAGAAAAGAACCCCAUACCUACUGUGAAACAUGAAGGAGGCUCGGUUAUGUUUUAGGGCUGCUUUGCUGCGUCUGGCAUGGGGUGCCUUGAGUCUAUGCAGGGAACAAUGAAAUCUCAAGACCAUCAAGACAUUCUGGAGUGAAACGUACUGCCCAGUGUCAGAAAGCUCUGUCUCAGUCGCAGGUCAUGGAUCCUCCAACAGGAUAAUGACCCAAAACACACAGCUCAAAGCACCCAAGAAUGGCUAAGAACAAAACAUCUGAUUAUUCUAAAGUGGCCUUCUAUGAGCCCUGAUUUGAAUCCUAUUGAACAUCUAUGGAAAGAACUGAAACCUGCAGUCUGGAGAAGGCAACCUUCAAACCUGACACAGCUGGAGCAGUUUGCUCAGGAAGAGUGGGCCAGACUACCUGUUGACAGGUGCAGAAGUCUCAUUGAGAACUACAGGAAUUGCUUGUUUGCAGUGACUGCCUCUAAAGGUUGUGCAACAAAAUAUUAGGUUAAGGGUCCCUUCAUUUUUGUCCAUGCUAUUUUCCUUUGUGGUGUUAUUUGAAACAUUCCAUUGCAUCAAAACUCUAAAGCAAAGUUUGAUUUUAGUUAAAGGCAGAAUAAACAAUGAUGGGUGCCAA